GCGCAGCUGAAGAAAAGUAAUGGCAGGUAAGAGCAGUGGAUUAUGGAGCAAUUUACCUAGCAUAAUUAUUGUUGAAAUAUUUUCAUUUUUAAGCUUAAAAGACAGACUAAAUGCAGCUUCGGUAUGUAAAGCUUGGAGAAAUCAUCUUUUCCAUCCACAACUAUGGCGUAAAGUCGUAUUCCAAUUAAACAGCUGUGAUAUAAAGACAGUCAAUCAUAAAAUUGAUGGGGCCAGGUUUCUAGCCAAGCAGUGCGGCAAAUUUGUCAGGGAAGCUGUGAUUGAGGUAAACUCGUUGAACCCAAAAGAUGUUCGGCUGUGCAAAAAUAUUUUAAGAGUUCUUACUUUCAACCGUAAUUUGCGGGCAUUGUCCAUAAAACCUCGAAGCUCUCGUCUGGAGUGGUCUGACUAUGAAGAUACUCUUUCCCUGGACCAGUACAUUAAGUUUCUGGUCACAAUCAUCAAAAAAGCUCGUCGACUCGAACAUUUAUCGUUUGGAUGCAUCGAAGAACUGCUGGAUUCAUCUGAAUAUUUUCUAAAACCACUAGCCCAGCAUCAGUCGAAUUCUAUCCGAUCUCUCCAUCUGUCAAGUGUCAAAGAAGUUCCCGGUAAUUAUUUUGUCUACGAUAUCAGCAGCACACUCUUCGAAAGUUUCCGGAACCUCGAGUCUUUGAGCAUCGAUUACGAUUACAUGAGCGAUGAUCUUCUGAUAGUCCUCUCCAAGCCUCAUCACAGACCACUCAACCGUCUGAUCAUACAUGUCCAUUCUCUGCCUUUUAGGCUUAACGAAAUCAGUUCUGAAGCCUGGAAACAAAUAAGCUGCCACAGUCCUAAACUAGAGGUCACCAUCAACAUGCUGCAUUUUCAUAAUAGUCCUGAAUACAUCCUAGCGAUUUUGAAGCAUGAAAUGCCACUGGUUCACUUCCGAGCCUUCUUUUCCUCUGGUUUUAAUGAAGAUGUCAUCACUCGCCUGGCAUUCAUCAGCAAAGGCUCCCUCAAAUCGUUUGUUUUGGUGGAUGAAUUGGAUGAAGAUUCCACGCCAGCCUCGGUAUUCCCUUCCAGCAAUAUUGAUCCUUUGAUUAUGUUGGCUUGGAGAUGUAAGAAGCUGUCCUACAUUAAAAUUAUAGGGUACGAAGUAGGGGCCGACAGUCUGGUCGCAAUUUCAAGGCUGCGAGGGGAACAACUGAGUGAUCUGCUUGUACCAGCCUGCUGCAUCUCCACGGUUCUACUCGAGGACAUGACCCAUCUUUCGCCAGAAAACGCAGUGCUGCACUUGAGGAGGGAAGUGAGUUUUGGCCUCCAGAAGCCCUGGCGUCCUUUGAAUCUCAGCGAACUCCCUCUUGCUGUGCGCAACGUUAACGUCGAUGCAGAUGGGGCAUAUUUAGAUGAGCUGUUAGGUGAUCAGAAGUGGUAAUAUUGUAAUAAUAUGAUUGUUAUCAUUUAAGUUGAAAAAUGUAUAACUUGUAUCCCUGUAUGAAAAUUGGAUUCUUCAUAGCUAGUCAUUGUUGUAAUUUGCAGAAAGCAGUAAUUGUGCUUCAAGGGGUGGUUAUAUUUUUGUAAUACUUAAAUGGUUUCUGAAGCACUCUUCUGGAUUCAUCCAAUGUUUUUAUGUGUUAAAAAUGUUUCCCGAUAUGCUUCCUGUCUUUUAAGGGCUAAACCCAAGGAACAAUAGUAGCCAUAUAGGAUACUCUAUAUUUCUUCUCCUCUUGUAUUUUUAAGAAUAAGUGUGAUGUUAGAUUUUAAAUAUUUUAUCACUUUGAAAAACUUUUAUUUUUUGUUUCUUUUUUCUAAAAUAACAGAUCUGAUCAAAAAGCUGUUUCAAGUAAAAUUCCUAGUUUCUGGUGCUGGAUUUGCACAUUGUUCAAAGUCAUAAAGGUUUUUAAAUCUAAAUGUUAAUUUUGUGUAAUUAAUUUUGGUUAUUUCUUUGUCAACAAGGUCAAGUAAAUUUAUUUGUAAAAUGUUAUUUCAAAAGUAAGUUAAUGUCAUUCAGUAAUCAAGGUCGAAUAAUUAACAGAAUUUUUCAUGAUGAACACAUUAUUGGUGCUGCCAACUUUGAGUACUCUAAUUUAUUCGGGUACCUUUUUGAUCAGAUCUAAUAUGCUUUGAGGAGAUACUAUCAAUGUUGGUGAAGAGUAGCAAUGGCGAUAAUUGAUACCUGCGGGUUUGUUUGAGGACCAUGAGUGUGGUAGUUACAGCUAACUCGGCGCUCAAAUGUAGACUACUUGUGAUUACAUCUUAUUACAUCCUUUUAAAUACGCACACAUUUCCAUCUUUUCUAUGUGGCAACAGUCCAUCAGUGAGGGGGAAAGCAUUAUAUCUAUUGCAAAUAUAUAUUGUAUAUAUAAAUGUUAACAUUCCAUAUAUAUUAAGAUGUUCCUGUUGACAUCUGGGUAUUGUCGGUUUACAAACUCAGGGAGACUCCAGGGUAAACUGUUAGGGGAGUCUAGGCGGUUUAAAAGUGCCAACUUUGGUAUGUGUUUACAACCAAAUAACUUAAGUCUUUCCCCCAGCAUUGAUGCCAAUAUGGUGCUGACGGUGUGUGAUUUAGCACAGACAUCUGAGCUAAUUGGGUCUUCUUGUGCCAAGAGUGACCAAAAAAGAUCUGUAUAGAGAAUUCCCUUAGGACUGCAGUGGCACAUAUUUUUUAAUGUGCAUUGUUUGUCAUACAUGUUUAUUUUAAGAUCUAGUAUUUUUUAUUUUAUCUUAUAAUUUGUUGUGAUGUCACAGAGAUUUAAGAAAAUUGGGCCCCUUUUGCAGGCUCAAAAUUUACAUAUUUACAACAUUUGAGA